UUAGAUCACAAACCACAAAAGGCAUUUGGUUAGCAAAUUGUGUUGGGAUUGAACCAUGUACAAUUGAUAUGGCCUUAGAAGGCACUGAUGGACGAGAACGAGGAGAGGAUGAUACUGCCUUUGAGAAGCAGAGUGCUCUUUUUACUUUAGCAGUUUCUGAUAUAGUCCUAAUAAACAUGUGGUGCCAUGAUAUUGGUCGAGAACAAGUGGCAAACAAGCAUCUUUUAAAGACAGUCUUCCAGGUGAUGCUGAGACUGUUUAGUCCUCGUAAGACUACUCUACUGUUUGUUAUACGAGAUAAAACAAGAAUCUCCUGGUGCCUUAUCAAAGGGGUGGAAAGAUUGGACUUUUUGAUGGAGCUGGUAUGGGAAGACUGGAUUUAUUAUGGAAUUGAUGAUCAACAAUGUUGGAAGGUUGACAUGGAAGAAUCAGCAAGUGAGAAAGAGGAGUCCAAUGAAAUUCUACAAGUUGAAGAUUGUGAUGGGACUUGGGUUAACAAUAAUUACUUGCAAUCCUACAUGGCAUGAA